AUGGCCUCGUGGCCUGGCGAGACGGGCCCUGAUGCCCUGGUGGUCCUAUUGGUCCUCAUUCUGCUGGCACGCUUCCUUCUCUGGUCCUGCCUCGGUGCCUACCUGGACUAUAGGAUGCGCCCCAGGCCGCCCCACAAGCCCAAGCGGGACUAA